UAAAACUACUUUUUGGUAAAAUCGAUAGGGAAAGAUUACAAUGAAACAUGGACAAUGUUCUUUUUACCUUUGGUUUAUACUUGCCUGGGCAACGUCUGUUUUAUGUGAUGUUCCAACUAACUGCACCUACGAAGAGACCCUAGGGAAAUGGGAAUUAAUUUUGGGACAGUCAACGUUUGGUAACGAUAUAAAUUGCACCAAAGCUUUUACUAUAAAAAAUGUGUUACGGGUUGAAUUGUUAUUUCCAAACAACGUUGUGGAUCAAUAUGGAAAUAUCGGCACAUGGAGCAUGGUAUACAACCAAGGAUUUGAAAUUAUUCUCAAUCAAAGAAGAUAUUUUGCUUUCCAAUAUUAUGAGAAUGUGACUCCUACAAAAACUGUUAGUUAUUGUUACAAAACAUUUAAUGGAUGGACACAUGAUGUAUUAAAGAAUAACGUCUUUCCACCUACGAAUUGGGGAUGCUACAAAGGAAACAAGUUACAGAAAAAGAAUUCUUUGAAAAUUUCACAACAAAUUGAUCUAACAAGACCACACUACAGCCAGGUGUAUGGUACGAGUGAGGCGUUUGUGAAAGAAAUCAAUCAACAACAAUCGUCUUGGAAAGCUGGUGCUUAUGAACAGUACCAGAACUUUACUAUCAGAGAUAUGAUCAUGCGAAGUGGAGGUUUGAAGCGUUUUGCUAGAGUUCAUCCUAGUGUUCCUUCAACUGAAGCCAUAGAAUUAGUGUCGAAUUUCCCAACUGAGUUUGAUUGGCGUAACGUCAAUGGUCAAAACUUUGUAUCACCAAUUCGUAAUCAGGGCACUUGUGGAAGCUGUUAUGCUUUUGCUUCGAUGGCAAUGUUGGAAGCACGUGUACGAGUUGAAUCAGGCAAUGCAAAGCAGCCUGUGUUUUCAACACAAAACGUUGUUUCAUGUUCGGCUUACUCGCAGGGUUGUGAGGGAGGUAUGGCGUAUCUCAUUUCUGGGAUGUAUGCUCAAGAUUUUGGUGUGAUAUCGGAAGAAUCAUAUCCCUAUAUUGGAAACGAUACCAAGUGUGAUCGUUCGAAAGGAGGCACGAGAACUUAUGUUUCUGAUUAUGGUUAUGUGGGAGGAUUCUAUGGUGGGUGCAAUGAAGCGCUAAUGAUAGCAUAUUUGGUUAAGCAAGGUCCAAUAGCUGUUAGUAUUGAAGUUUAUGACGAUCUGUUUGCAUACAAAGGUGGUAUCUAUCACCACACAGGCUUACGAUACAAGUUCAAUCCCUUUGAGAUAAACAAUCAUGUCGUACUCAUUGUUGGAUACGGUGUCGAGAAUGGCGAGAAGUUUUGGAUUGUCAAAAAUUCAUGGGGUACAACUUGGGGAGAGGAUGGAUUUUUUCGAAUACGUAGAGGAACCGAUGAAAUUGCUAUUGAGAGUAUUGCUGUUUAUGCCAAACCGUAUGUGCCCAAAUAAAUCGUACGCAUGCCCAAAUAAACUGUAUGUGCCCAAAUAAAUCGUACGUAUGCCUAAAUAAACUGUAUGUGCCCAAAUAAAUCGUACGUAUGCCCAAAUAAACCGUAUGUGCCCAAAUAAAUCGUACGUAUGCCCAAAUAAACUGUAUGUGCCCAAAUAAACCGUAUGUACCUAAAUAAUCAUUACUGUGCUUCCAUUGACUUGCAUUUCAGGCACCUCUUAGUUGAGUUUUGCUUACUCAAGUGUUUUAUUUAGCUACGCUAUAUUUGAAAAUAUAUGUAAAAUGUUUUAGGUAUCAAAUUCUAUUUCUUAUUUUUUUUGGUUAUUUAAAUCACUAUCACCUUUUAGUAAUAUGAAUUUGUUACAAAAUAUAGUAAUUAUAAACUUUUUA